AUGAAGAUGGUCUACCAAUUUGUUUCUUUGCUACGGCUCCACCGGCACCAUUUCGCUGUCAUCUCGUUUGAUUGCAGCUGUGUUGAGUUGGUCGCUGCAGACUUGGCCGCUGCACUCCUGGGCAUUUGCUCUGUUGUUGUAGCCGGUCCUGACCAAAGACUGGACAUUUUGCAUCUGCUUGGGGAAGACAUGUGCGUUGUCAUUGACAAAAGACCAGAGAGCUAUGCUGCGAUAGCCUCUGAUGACGAUGCUUGGAUGGGGCUAGACAAGGAUGUCCUUUUCACUUUCUUCGUGACUUCUGGAUCCACAGCAUCGCCCAAGUUGGUUCGUCGCACCCGAGCCAUGUGGCUGGAGACCGUUCGGGACACUGCUCAAUUUGGCUCCGAGCUGUGUAUUACGCUGAGUUUCGCCUCCCUGGCACACUCUGGACCUCGGACGGAGCUGUGGUGGAACCUGGUCUGUGGUGGUCAAACAGCAUUUGCUGCCGCCGGGCUUCCUUUGCUUUGCUCCUGGCUCGCCCUUUCCCCUACAGAGAUCAGUGCACCCCCGAGUGUUUGGUCCGAGCUCCGUCGACGCCUCACGGUGGAUGGCGUGGAGGAUCCCAGCAGCCUGCGACAGCUGUUUCCGGGAUUGGUCCGCCGCCUCGAGACUGUGGCAACGGGCUUUGCCAACUCGGACCCCGACCUCCUCGAUUUCCUCAGGAGGAUCUUCGGAGACGAGAUCCUUGUCAUGGACAACUAUGGCGCCACCGAGGUGGGCAGCAUAUCUGUGAACGGCAAGAUCUCGGGCGAAGACACGAAGCUCGUUGAGGUGCCAGAGCUUGGCAUCCACGCCCCGAGGGGUGAAAUCUGCGUGAAGGCUGAGGGGGCCUUUGAGGGCUACUAUGACACUGCACAAACGGCUGGUGCCCUGACGGACGACGGCUUCUACCGGACAGGUGACAUUGGCGAGAUGCAGCAUGGCAUGUUGAAGGUGGUAGGCCGCCUCACCAAUUGGGUCAAACUCGCCAACGGCAAGUUCGAAUCUCUGGAAGCUGUGGAAGACGAACUGUCCCAAACCUCUGACUUUGAGCAGGUCUGUGCUGUUGAGAUCUCUGGUGCUUUGGCUGCCGUCGUGUAUUCCGCUCGAUGGGGUCAGAAUCCUUCUGCGGCGGCUUCCACAGUUGUGCCUUGCGUGCGUGCGAAAGAGAAGUUUACUGUGGAGAAUGGCCUCUUGACACCAUCCUUGAAGCUUCGACGCCCUGCCAUCCGGGCCAUGUAUGAGCAGGAGCUGUUACAGCAGAUCAAUGAGAAGCAGCUUGCUCUCAGCCGGUGGUUGCAUGGCGUGACCGGGAGCACGGCCGACGUGGACGAGACGCAGCCGCUCAAGGAGCUGGGUGUCACCUCGGUGCACUUCGCUCGGCUGGCCGCAGACCUUGGUGUUCCAGUCCAUGCCGUGGCAGCUGCCAGAACGCUGAGGGACCUCAAGGCACUCUCCCAGACGGACAAGCUGGGUGUGUCGGCAGCCCUCGCAGAUGUUGCGAGAUUUAGCUCCAGCUGCAGUCUUUCUGCAUCCCCGGUGUCAGGGACCUGGAGGAAGGUCCUCGUUACCGGAGCGACAGGGCAUCUCGGACGCCACUUCAUGGAGAUCCUUCGGGCACGUGGAAUCUCUGCUGUUCCUCUGUCGCGCUCCCUAGGCCACGACGUUGCCCAGCCGAUGUUUGGUAUGGCCCGUGAGACCUUCGAUUCCAUGUCGGACUGUGAUGCCGUCAUCCACUGUGCAGCCAUCGUGCCGCCCGGCUGGACAACAACUGUUCCA